CACAGUCUCUCUUUCUCUCCAUAAUUUCCUGCUUUAACUUCUCGCUCUCUCUCUCUCUUCCAUGUGGGAUGUGGCUAUAGUCUUUCACUGCACCUUCCUCGCCACUUUCUCUCCUCUCUUCCGCCAAUUUUUUCCUCUCUGACUCCCAUCAUUUCCUCGAAUAAUCAAUCGAUUGUUCGUGAUUUUGAUUUGGCGAUUCUGCGUAACUCGAGCUCUGUAGCUUAGGUUUUCGCCUAAUUUCAGCUAAAUCGAUUCAUAUUUACGAGACACUGUUGAUUGUAUUGAGAGAGGAUGGUUUCAGAGACUUGGUAGUUGGUAGGAUUGGCGAUUCUGCGUAAUUUGACUUGGUAGUUGGAGACACUGUUGAUUAUAACGCAGCAGUUUGAGAGAGAGAGAGUUGGUAGGAUUGGCGAUUCUACGUAACGUUAGCUCUGUAGCUAGAUUUCUCCCACUUUCAGCAGAAUCGAUUCAUAUUACGAGAGACACUGUUGAUUGUUACGCAUCAGCUUGAGAGAGAGAGAGGAUGGUUUCAGAGACUUGGUUUCGUAACCUGUGGAAAUUCCCAAAGAAAAACGAAGGUCAUAAAGAGAAGGAUGUGCUUGGAGUGUUAGCCUUCGAGGUCGCUAGUCUACUCUCGAAACUCGUUCAUCUAUGGCAAUCCCUGAGCGAUAAGAACGUCACGAGGCGCAGACAAGAGAUCACGCGUUCCGCGGGUAUAAAGAAGCUAGUUUCAGAUGACGAUGACUUCAUCGUGAGGCUGAUACGCGACGAGAUGAUGGAGAACGUUGAGAACGUAGCGAAAGCUGUGGCUAGGCUCGCUGUAAAAUGCAACGAUCCCAAGUUGAAGAGCUUCGAGAGUUGUUUCGGUGAGAUGAUGAAGACGGGAGCUGAUCCUUAUGGGUGGCAGUUUGGGUGGAAGAAAAUGGAUAGAAAGGUUAAGAGGAUGGAGCGUUUUAUCUCGUCUAAUGCUAGUCUUUACCAGGAGACUGAGAUUCUGACGGAGCUUGAGCAGAGUCUCAAGAGAAGGCAGAGCAAUGAAUCUGCAACCGAUAAUAUAGUGGAGUACAGGAAAAAAGUCACGUGGAAGAAACAUGAAGUGAAGAAUCUAAGGGAGGUGUCUCUUUGGAACCGUACUUAUGACUACACCGUCCUUCUCUUGGUGAGAUCGAUCUUCACAAUCUUGACUAGGACUAAACAUGUUUUCGGCAUUAGUUACAGAGCAGAGGCUAGCGAUGUUAGCUCUGCGGAUUCUGAUUUCAUUGCUCGCGGCCACUCUGUUUCCACUGUUUUGACGCAUCAGUCCGAGACCACCCGUCCUCCUAGAUUUGCUUCUGGUCCUCUUGGGAGAUUCACAGGUCCAGCGUCAGGCUCAGCUGCUACAAAGUCCACGAAGAUGGGUGAUUUCCUCUCGGGCUCACUCACUACCCAGUCCCCUAAGUCAGGUCCUCUUGCUCCAGAAAAGAACAAACGUUUCAAGUUUUACUCGGGUCCUCUCGGGAAGUUCACAUCCAAGUCAGGACCGCUUAUGGGAAUGGGCAAACACAACAAGAAGACGGUGGUGCAGACACCGGAAAGGCCUUCGGUCUCCUCAGCGAAAAAGCAGUCGAAACCCAACCGUUUAACACAGGUUGGUCCCUUUAAAGGCUGCAUGGUGUCUCAAGACGGUAUCACUCCUCUCAGCACUAGGACCCAGAACGGAGCUAGGCAUAGUAGCGCAGAGCAUCAUCAGAUUCUCGAAGGAAGUUCCAACACUGUCCACGUUGAAAGACCCAAGUUGUCAGAUGCUGCUCCUAACACCCUCGGCGCCGCUUGCUUAGCGUUACACUACGCUAAUGUCAUCAUCGUGAUAGAAAGAUUCGUUGCAUCUCCUCACUUGAUAGGCGACGACGCGAGAGACGACCUUUACAACAUGUUACCAGCUAGCGUGAGAAAAUCGCUGAGAGAGAGGCUAAAGCCCUACUCGAAAAACUUGAGCUCUUCCGCGGUUUAUGAUCCGGGGCUAGCGAAAGAGUGGACAGACGCAAUGGCGGGUAUCUUGGAAUGGUUGGGUCCGUUAGCUCACAACAUGAUAAAAUGGCAGUCCGAGAGGAGUUACGAGAACCAGAGCUUGGUUUCGAGGACGCACAUAGUUCUUGCCCAAACUCUCUUCUUUGCGAACCAGCAGAAAACAGAAACCAUCAUCACGGAGCUUCUUGUCGGGCUCAACUAUGUCUGGAGAUAUGGCAGAGAGCUUAACGCCAAGGCUCUUCAAGAGUGUACUAGUAGUCAAACACUUGAGAAAUGUUUAGACACGGAUAACUACUGAAGCUCUCCUAGACUAUAUUUUUUACCUAAACUGGCAUUGGAACUCAACCAAACCGUGCAGCUUGGACCAAACCCGAGGACGAAAAGCUGUUACGUUGCUAGAUUACCACGAGAGGUAUUAUGAUGUGAGCGUCUCUUUUCUCUUUAUCUCCUUUACUAUUCUGACUUGUAGUAGGAUGUGAUGAUGCAUUGUAUAUUGUUUCUACGAGAUUUUAUUGUGGUUGAGAUGAUACAUACUACUGCUGCAUAUACGUAUGUGCCAAGGUUGUUUUUGAUUAUUGUAAAAUCCAGUGGUGAUGAUACAGAAGAAUCCUUGAUUUGGGGAUUUUAAGUUCCGAGUUGUUCAAGUUAUGUCUGUAUUAUUAUAACUCGUGCUUGUUGUUCU